GCAGUUGGCGAUGUUACGGUACGGAACGAUACAGGGAGACGGGCGUGUUAAGAACGACAGUGCAUACAUAAAUAUGUGCCGAGUGAAGAAGACAGCUGAGUCAUCAUCCCACGCAACCCCGGAUUUGGCAGCGUGGGGGUUCGGCCAGUGACGGAGCAUCUUUACUAUCGCGAUACACUCGUGGGGGCGGGGUUGCAUCGGUGCUUCUCCGGAUCUAUACUGCUAUAUAAACCUGUCCUUCCGACCGUAGCUAAUUGUCAAUUGUUUCAGAAUCUACAAAAUGACGAGACAACUUGUCCCCGGCGUUUACGUUCCUACCGUCGCCUUCUUCCAAGAGAAUGAAGACCUAGACCUGCCAACCGUCGAAGCCCAUGCGGUUUACCUUGCCCAAGCUGGUGUCACCGGAAUUGUCACACAGGGAAGCAAUGGCGAGGCCGUCCACCUCGAUCGGGAGGAGCGCAAACUUGUCACAGCUCACACUCGUAAAGCUCUCGACGCUGCCGGCUUCACCUCCGUGCCCGUGAUUGUGGGCUGCGGAUCCUCGUCUACCAGAGAAACGAUUCGGUUCUGUCAAGACGCUGCAGAGGCCGGAGGAGACUGCACCAUUAUUCUUCCGCCAUGCUACUACAAGGGCCAGGUGUCUAACGAGGCCCUGCUCGACCACUUCCGUAUCGCCGCAGACGCUUCGCCCCUCCCUGUCCUCAUCUACAACUUCCCCGGUGCCUCGGGUGGUAUCGAUCUCACGUCCGAUGAUAUCCUUGUGCUCUCUCAGCACCCCAACAUUGUUGGCACCAAGCUCACAUGCGGCAACACUGGCAAACUCGCCCGUAUUACAUCGCAGGUCAAGCCCUCCUUCCUUACCUUUGGCGGUUCUUCGGACUUUACCCUGCAGACGCUUAUCGCCGGUGGCGCUGGUGUGAUUGCUGGUAUUGCCAACUUGAUUCCCCGCUCCUGCGUGAAGGUCAUGGAGCUUUACAACAGCGGCAAUGUGGCGGAGGCGCAGAAGCUCCAAGCGAUUGUGGCCCGUGCGGAUUGGCUUGCUAUCAAGGGAGGAUUUGUGGGGGUGAAGAGCGCGUUGCAGACAUAUCGGGGGUACGGGAAAUACCCGCGACGGCCCUGCGUGGCGCCGUCUGACCAGGAAGCAGAGGCAAUCAAGGAGAGCAUUCGCGAGGGAAUAGAGACGGAAAAAUCGUUGGAAAAUUGAUUUAAGUUAUCAUUGGUCGAUAUAAUGUACCAUAACUUGUACUAUGUAACUAGGUACAGUAACGAACCGAGCUUUACCCGGA